GGGCUAUGUACGGAGGCUGUGCGCUGCAGAGACGCCCAAUAGCGGCGGAACAGAUUCGACUGACCUCUUACCCUGUUCCUGUCGCUGCUGGUGCGACUCGUGGUGGUGGUGGUGGUGGUGCUCUGGUCGUGGUACUACAGGUGGUGGUGGUACUGCUGGUGGUGGUGGUGGUACUGCUGGUGGUGUUGGUACUGCUGGUGCUGCUGGUGGUGGUGGUACUGCUGGUGGUGUUGGUACUGCUGGUGGCACUGCUGGUGUACAAUGCAGAGCGAGUUCGACGAGUCGGGCCUGCGCGCCACCGUCUCCUUCCAGCCUCUCCCUCCCUUCUGCUUCGACUGGACGGGCCGCGUCGCCGUGUGGUUCGUGCCGCGGAUCCUCUGGCUGACGCGGAUCGGCCUGGCCGAGCACGAGCGCGGCAAGGCCAUCUACCCCGGCGACCUGGACGACCCGCGGGCGCUGCUGUUCCUGCGCCACCUCGAGAUGUCCUUCGAGCCCGCCUUCUGGCGGGAGAUGACCUCCGCCAAGCGGACGGGCUUCCGGGUCUCGUUGGCCGUCGCCCACCUGGGACGGACCUCCUGGGCGAUCCGCGGGCGCCUGGAGGCGGGCCUGAACCCGGCGCCGCUCGCGGCGUUCGUCAGUCAGAUGGUCUACGUGGACGCGGAGAGCAGGCGCCCGGCGCCGCUGCCCGACUGGUUCCGCGAGACGCACCGGCGCCUGCGGGGCUCGCCCGCUCCCGGCCUCCCGCGGCCGUACGACGCCGGCGGCGCCGGGAGGCCCGCGGGUCCGUUCCGCUACGAAGUGACGCCGGGCGCCAGCAGCCUCGACGCGAGCGGGCACGUCCACCAGGGCGAGCACGUGCGCUUUUGCGCCGAUGCGCUGGCCGCCGGGCUGGCCGCGGCGGAGCAGGGAGGCCGCGGCGGUGGCGGAGGUCACGGCGGCGGAGGCGGAGGGGCGGGCGCGUGGAGCACGGCGCGGCUGGAGAAGCUCUCGGUGAUCUUCGCGGGGGAGGCGUUCGCCGGAGACUCGCUGCUCGUCGAGUCGUGGGUGGAUGCCGAGCGGCCGCGCUCCGUUCUCUUCGAGGUGUCCAGGCGAGGGAGGCCGCUCGUGCACAGCGCGUGGACGUUUCGGGACGGCGGCCCGCGGGCCUUGCGUGCCAAGCUGUGAAAAGUUUUUGCUGCAGUCUCCCGUGACGUUUGGGCGGCGUUCGCGACCUGGGUGGGUGGAUCGUUCUCCGUCCCUCGUAGAGGGUCCACGGUUUGUAAUGUGAUACGCGACGUCAACGCAGGAUGUCCGCUCGCUGUCGCAGAGAGAGAGAGAGGGGGGACGACUCGGAGGUGCCAGGAGGAAGCACUGCAGACGAACGGUUAAGCGGCAGCAGCAACAGCAGCAGCGACCACUCUAUUAAAAGUAAUUUUUUUUUAAUUUGACCAGGUAUCACCCCACUGAGCUGUAUAGCUCUUUUUUCAGAAGUGACCUGACCGCAUAUGAUAGCUCAACAAAGUGGCCGAUCACGCGCGAUUUUUUUUUUUGGAGCCGAUGAAUCUAUAACGCAUGUUUCUAAAUGUGGAGCGAAAAACCAGAGGGCCUGGCUAAAAAUACGCGCGACCACGGUGAGAACACGCAAACUCCAAAUAUACAGCAGGCGUCAGGGUCAGCAACAAAAUCCAGAACCUCCUGUAUACCAGGCGAGCUAGUUAACAUCUCGCCACCAAGGCGCCCACUCGGUCAGGAGCCGGCACCCAAUUCCCCUGUGAGAUCUGCACUGUAAUCUGUUGGCCGCCCUGGUAAAUACUGCGCACAGUCUACCUCACAGCAGGCUACGGCUCCUCCAUCGACGCCCAUGGGGAAGUGAGUUCCACAAUAACAUCUGUGCAUGAUCCACCAACCCCCGUUGCUGUCUGCGCAGCGCUGGACCACUACAGGCAGCCACGUGCAGCAUCGUAGGCAGCAGGACCGCAGCCCGGCAUCACGGAUUUUAGUUUCGGCUUUUUAAAAAAAUUAUGAUUUCUCUGCUGACUUCGUGUGACGCGCCCUGGUGAUGCUUGAUGCGGUUGCAAGCGAAACGUCGUGUCUCUGUAGUUGAUGAAGUCUGCGGUGAGGAUUUUGCCUUUCAACUCACCGGCGACCUUCCCGGUGGCCGGGUUUUAACGCCGAACAUUUUGCCAGAUUUUCAGGUUGGCCAAACAUCCCCAAAAAAUAUAUAUAAAUUACGGAUCAGAUGUGGAACGACAAAAUCAUUAUGCGGGCAAAGUCUCCUUCGCCUAUCCGUCAUAUUGAAGGAGAUGGAUUGUCUGCUUGUAUGUUCUGUUAUUUACUGUCUCUGCAGUGACACUGGUUACUAUUUUGAGACGUGCAAUAUGUCCAUUGCCUGAUGACGCCUGCUUCAUUUUUGCAACCUUCUGCUGCGUAAUAAAGUGAAUGAUCGCAUGGCGUCGGUUGAGACAUU